UCCCUAGCUUGCUCCCACUGGUCCUGAUGGCGCCAGUCUGUCCAUACUACAUUUAUGUAUGUAUGUCUCUUUUUUUUUUAAAGUUUCCCCUACUGAACUUGCACUCCAGCAGCACUCGCUCUCUUUGAGUCAUGAGGCUGGACCACAACAACCCAUCCGACUCCACUGCCCCACCCUCCCCCAGCCCCUCGCCAUCCUCCCCCUCCGCCUCUCCCUCCCGGGCACUCUACAUCCAACUCAAGCCGGACCCAUCCACCUCGCCCCGGCCAUCCCGUCCACCCGCCAGUGCCCUGUCCUCCUGGCUCAACCGGCCACCACUCCAGUCCUCCUCCGGCUCACUCUUCAACAGCAUACCAGUCCCCACCCCCACCACUACCGGAGCUCCCAACAGACCCCCCUAUCGGUUCAGACGGGCAACCGACUCGGCACUCAAACAGGCCGAUCAAAGCGUCAACCCCACCAGCGAGCCUCGAUCAACCCUUUCCUCCCGUCGAUAUCUCACCAAUCAUCAUCUCAGCCAUCCACCUCACCAGUCCUUCCCAACGCUCUCCCGCCUCAAGGAUUCCAUCCUCUCCUCCCUAUGGAUCCCUACUCCCUCCUCGCUCGUCCGCCGUCCCAAUCUCGUUCUCCACCACCACCGCCGUCGCUCGUCUUACCUAAGCCGAUCAUGGGAAAUCUGCAUUCAUGCGCGUCUGGGGCUCAGUAAGCCAAUCAGCUGGCUUAUCAUCCUCCUCAUCAUUCUCGGGCUCGUCGAUCUCUGGCGAGGCUGUGAACGGACUCUGGAUAGCCAAGACUGGGGGCCGACCCGGUUCCGUGUCGGGCGUCGGACGGGCGCAGAGACUCGCCGGCUGCAGAGAGAGAUGCGUCAGACCCCAUUCGUCACCCUCGCCGGCCUGGGCAUCCUAUCCGAGCCGCUCUACUCCUCCGCAAACGACCCGCUCGGCCUCGCCGGUCGCUGGCUCAGACCCGUCGAACAAUCACAGCUUCCUCUCGCAACUCGCGCCCAUAUAAUCCCCGAUGUCUCCGCCGUCAUCCUCAACUGGAGUCGGCCCGAAAACGUUGUUGUCAUCGUCGCCCAUCUGUGUCAGUACGACUUCUUCGAAUCGAUCAUCGUUUGGAAUAAUAACCCCAAACAGGUCUUGACCUCCAAGGAUUUCGAGAAUACGAAAUGUCCGCAACACAAAUUAUUAAUCUACAAUUCGCCCUCCAAUAAUUAUUUCUUUUCGAGAUUCUUGGCGUGUUUACAAUCGCCAAGUGAAUACUGUUACUUUCAAGAUGACGAUUGUAUCGUGAAUCCGAUCCGGACCAUGUACACCCAGUUCAAGGCUCUCCUUCCAAGACCAUCCUCCGUCGUCGUCCAAGCUGAUCCGGUCUAUUCAGUCAUGUAUAAUUGGGAAUGGUGUUUCAAUGACCCGCCAAAUAGAUUACACACGUGUUUCGCAUGGCUUGGACACGGCUCGUUUGUGACAAAGAGCGCCGUCAGCGACUUCGUCUCCUUACUUACUGAACAAUCUUUGCCCGCGGAUUCGGUUGCGCUUGCCGACAACUUCUUCACCACCGCUCUGAACCGGAAGCCGCAUGUGAUUGUAGCGCCGGAGAUCAUCGCUUUGCCAUUAUCUGAUCGUGGUUUCAGUGAUGGGACGGCCGGACUGGAACGGAACCGGGUGUACAUACAACGAGGUGUCGAGCUGUUAUCAAAGGUCCUCAAGACCGGACACCCGCUUGGAGCGUUUCCCGAAGACGAAGCUGGCUCGCAUGUAGGGGCGAUCCGGGCCGCCGAUCGGUCCGACCAGCUCUUCCUGAUGACCAAUAUCGAAGCCUUCCCGUACGGGGGAGGGCCCCGGUUCACUGGCUUUGACCGCGGUCUGGCAGGAUGGGAAGACCAGCUUGGGACGACUGGCUAUGCGCUUGGCCAUCUUCCCGGCCGCGCCUUGGCCUCCGCUGGCAGAGCCGAUUGGGCCGCGCGCGAACACCAUGUCAUCCGCUCUAGUUAUGCCGCCGCAAUCGAUGGGAAUAAUUCCACCUUCUGGAGCUCCCCAGAACCGGUUAAACGAAAUGAUUGGGUUGGACUGGGAUGGAUUGAUCGGCCUCUGAUCAGUGACUUAUCACACAAGAUCUUGGAGGUUCAUUUCAUUGUUUCCAACCCCGACGUCUUCGAGCAGAACACGGUGAUAGAGCAGCUGACAACCGACGGGCCGACCGGGCCGAGUUUCUCGUCCUCCUCAUCAACGAAAUGGGAACGGGUGCGGGCACGUGACGGGGCGGUUGGGCUGGACGGCCGGCCUGCAGAGGACGGGAUUCAAUGCGUACCGCUCGAUCAACCUGCCGGCAAGAACGAGCACCAUCAUCAUCCUCGAAAGUUUGAUUGCUUCAUCAGGUUCUUGGACCCCCGCUCCCUCACCAACUCCCUCGCCAUCAGGGUUCGCAGCCAGGUCGAUCACCAAUUAUGGCAACAGAACCAGCUGCUCGACCAGAUCAGGUGGUGGGUCUGGGAGGCUUUUGUUCUCGCCAUCUGAUCCUUCCUCUCUUAUCUUCCCCUCCUCUCUUCGCAUUCCGGGUAGUCUUCCUCCUCUUUCUCCCCCAAACCACUCCAUCCUCCUUCCUAUUUUUUUUUAGUUCUUUGUAAUCAGAAAUCAUGUUGAAUCAUUCUUAGAUAACUCUCUCUCAAAAAAAAUAAAACAUCGCAUAUAAACCUGGUUAAUGAGGUUAAUCUUGAUAGAUAAGUAGAUAGAUAGUUGAAUAUUUGAAUUGGCUCAUGUGUAUGCAUUCACACACAAACACGCACUUCAUGACGUACAUAGUUAGAUGUAUAUAAGUUGGUAUCUUGUUGAAGGACUUUGUUGUUGAGACUGCUGUUGUUCAUCAUCUUUGUCCCACUCGUUCCUCCUCUGCAACACACACACACAAAAGAA